GUCUGGUCAACACUACAGGUACUUCCAUUAGACAGAGCCAUCCUUCACCAUGGACUAUACACUUUUCACAGCAGCCAUUGUGUUUCUAACAUCAGGUCUGUGUGUAGGUCAGAAUGUGUUACCACCAGGACCAUUGACUGGAGCCAUAGGAAGGAGAGUGACGUUCACCACAACCCUCAGUCCACCAGCCAAACCUUUUGUCUCAGUGAGCUGGACCUUCAACAGGGUCAACAUCAUCACCUCCACUACGGUCAACAUAACUAAUGCUGACUACAAAGACCGGAUCAGUCUGGACAGAACCACUGGCUCUCUGGAGCUGUGGAACCUGGGCCUGAGGGACCAAGGAGAAUACAGAGUCAGCAUCAUACCAGACGGGGCUCUGGAGCUACAAGGAGCUACCACUCUGGAUGUCUAUGUGUUGCUAUCUGCUGCCACCCUCACCAGUCCCCCAGCCACCCUGAUAGCUGGCAUAAGCUCCAGMAACCUGACUUGUGAGGCUGCUGGCAACAUCAGCUCCAUACAGUGGAUCAAAGAUGGCCUCCCUCUGUCUCCCAGCAACAAUAUCACCUUCUCUGCAGACAACAGGACAGUCUAUCUCAGUCCUGUUCAGGACAUUGACAAUGGAGAAUAUGAUUGUUUAGUCAGCAACCCUGUCAGCAACCGGACAGCAUCCCACAACCUGACCGUCAACUUUGGACCUCAGAACAUAUCAAUAGAUGGACCAUUAGCAGCAUCAACAGGAUACAGGGUAACUCUGAGCUGUUCGGCUGACUCUAUCCCUCCUGCUACAUUCACCUGGAUGUUCAACAGGACAGAGACGGGUGUUAACAACACCCUGUACGUCAUAGAGAGGAUGGAGGCGCUACACAUUGGGAACUACACCUGCACUGCCACCAAUAACAUCACCGGACUGAAAGACUCCGUGGUCCACAAGCUGAGAGGCUCCUCUGCUGCCCCCAUUGGGUCAUUUGCUUUGAUGGUGACCAGUGUCAUGGCAGCAGGACUGCUGCAACUGUAGAUGUCUGAAAGGAGAGAGAGGGACAAGAAGGGGCUGGUGAAGGGUGAGGAUGAAUGUGAUGUAUGCUGUCAUAAAUACGAUGAGUAUGUUUAAAGGUUUUAAUGUUUCAAUAUGUAUUUGUUCUUACAAAUAUGCAUAUUACAUUUAUGCAAUUGAAUACAGAAUUGUAUGAUAUUAUUAUGUAAAAUUAUUUAAUGAAAAACAAUUCUAUAAUAAUAGCAUAUUUGUUGUUGUUGAUAUAAUAAUGGCCAUGAUUUUGUGUUGGUUACUCUGUGUAAAACAUGUUUCGUUGUAAAUAUUUCUGUAGAUUUGUCAACCCCAUAGCCUUCUUGCUGAUGAAGGACAAUCUUGAUAUGGACUCUUCUGGGCAAGAGGAUGUUGUAUAGAAUCAAACCUGUCUGUAGUUUUAAUAUGUAGCGAUGUACUUUAGCCUGUCAACCUGUAAUAUUACCUGGGCUUUAUUCAAAUAUUAUGU